CAAAGAAGAAGAAGACCGAGACGGAAGUGUAAUGGAAAACAUGGCGGCGUCCUAUGUGGACACAUUUAGGGUAAAUGGAUUACAGUCACAGAAACUUUGUAAAGGUUGACGUAUUGGACACAUAGUGUUCUGAGCUGAAGCGACUUCUGCUGUCAGAAUGUGGAUGCCCUGCAGGACAGCAGGAGCUUGUGUGGAAGCUGUGCGCUGCUGUCCACAGGCAGGCUUUAGGCAGCGGUGGCCCCGCAGACUGUCAUCAUCCGGGUCCCCGUGGAGGCUCCUGUUCUUCGGCUCCGAUCACUUCGCUGUUGAAUCUCUGAAACUCCUCACAUCCAACAGGAGCUCCAGUGGCGGGAUAGUGGAGUCUCUUGAAGUUGUUACUUUGUCUGAUGACGUCCCAGUGAAGAGGUUUGCUCAACAGAACCACCUUCCAGUCCACCGCUGGCCCCCCAACAUUGUGGAUGGACAGUUUGAUGUUGGGGUGGUGGUGUCCUUUGGACGUUUACUCCAUGAGAGGCUGAUCAACAGGUUUCCACAUGGGAUUCUGAAUGUUCACCCCAGCCUGCUGCCCAGGUGGCGAGGCCCAGCACCCAUCUUCCACACCAUCAUGCAGGGUGACACUGUGACAGGAGUCUCCAUCAUCCAGAUCCGCCCUCACAGGUUUGAUGUGGGCCCCAUUCUCAACCAGCAGCUCCAUCAGGUCCCUGACAACUGCACUGCUGAUGAGCUUGGAGCUGCCCUCUCCACUAAGGGAGCACACCUGCUUGUUGACACGUUCAUGACGCUGUCUGAGAAAAUAGCACAUAAAAGGGAACAAAGCCAGACAGGUGCAACAUUUGCCCCAAAAAUCAAUACAUCCAUGGGCUGGAUAGUGUGGGAGGAGCAGACGUGUGACCAGAUUGAUCGUCUGUAUCGUGCCAUUGGAUCCCGGAUACAUUUGAGGACCUCAUGGAUGGGCAGGACAAUAAAACUUCUGGAUUUUGUAGGAAAAUGUCACAUUUCAUUAUUAGAUCAAAGGAGGAAAGCAGCGCCUGGUUCAGUGAGCUUUCUGAAGGAGACCAACACUCUGGCUGUCUGCUGUAAGGAUGGCUGGGUGGGAUUUAAGGCAGUGGUCCUGAGAAAGAACCUGACGGCAACAGACUUCUAUAAUGGCUACCUGCAUCAGACACUGCAGAAGGAGAGACCCUGUGAGACAGCCCAAGGACUGUUUGUCAGCAGAAAACAAGGAAGUGAAGCACAUCACAUGAGAGACUCAAUGUUGUGAUGCAACAAUAUGUUUCUUCCUUUACGUGAACACUGCAAACAUGACAUCACCCUAUGGGAUUUACUGCAAUCAAUUUGUUACUCUUGUCUGUUUUAAGACAUCUGCCGGUACAGUAUUAUUGUAUUUGUACUAUACUACGAUACUAUUUAUUGUUUGGCAAUAAAUGAAUGUGCUGUUGACUGACA